AUGUGUAUAAAGCAAAUCACGAAUAAAGUUCAUUUAACUUUGUGUUCAUGCUCAGUAGGUUAUGGUGGUGAAAAAUGCGAAAUUCUUUACUUUGGGAAGGUAUUUCUUCAUUACCGCAAUGUAAGUAUGUGUUGUAUAAAUGUAAGUAUAAAUGGAUCUGCUAUAUGUCACUGUUCCAUGGGAUACUUCGGUCAUAACUGCGAAUAUACUUUCGAUAAAAAUGGUGGUACUUGUAUUGAUGCUUUUGUGCUGAUGGGUUUAGCGGCAAAAUUUGUGAGAAAGAGAUGA